AUUAUGCCCCACAUUACAGCUAUUGAUUCGUUCAAACAAGAUUCGUCCUUUCUUAUUAGAUCCAUUCCAUCCACUUUUUAAUUUUCUCUCUCCUCAUUCUCUGCUAAAAAUUCGACAAUGUCCAAUGGUACGCCGUCGUUUCAGGGGUCUCAAGAACUUUCCUUUUUCGGCAAUAACAAAACAACCGUUUUUGAGGAAGAGAGAGAAAAUUGUGUUAAAAUGGAAACCAAUUUAAAACCGGCAAUCGCCCGUCACCGCCGGCGCAUUCCCGGUCAAGGGAAUGAUUCACCGACAACUCACCAGUCAUUUCGACGAGAUAUUGAACAUGCUGCUGCUGAAACUUAUCUGAUUACCGGACUUAGUUUCAAACUUCUUAGAUAUCUUGGGGUAGGCUAUCGCUGGAUUACUAAAUUACUUGCACUUCUCUGUUAUGCCAUGCUACUGUUACCCGGUUUCCUUCAAGUGGCUUAUUAUUAUUACUUUUCUAGUCAAGUACAUCGGAGUGUUAUUUAUGGAGAUCAACCAAGAAACAGGUUAGACCUUUACUUACCAAUAGAUUAUGAAGGGAAGAAGCCGGUUGUGAUAUUUGUAACUGGCGGAGCCUGGGUUAUCGGGUACAAAGCAUGGGGUUCUCUUCUUGGAUUUCAGUUGGCAGAGAGAGACAUCAUAGUGGCCUGCCUUGACUAUAGAAACUUUCCUCAAGGAACCGUGAGUGACAUGAUCAAGGAUGUUUCCCAGGGUAUCUCAUUUAUAUGUAAUAACAUUGCUGCUGUUGGAGGUGAUCCUGACCGGAUUUAUCUUGUUGGGCAAUCAGCUGGAGCACAUAUAUCAGCUUGUGCUCUCUUAGAGCAGGCAAUUAGUGAGUCACAAGGAGAGAGCUGUUCUUGGAGUGUCUCACAGAUAAAAGCUUACUUUUCUUUAUCUGGCGGGUACAACUUGGUGAAUUUAGUUGAUCAUUUUCACAAUCGGGGCCUCUACCGAUCCAUAUUCUUAAGCAUUAUGGAAGGAGAAAAUUCCUUGACAAAGUAUUCUCCAGAGCUUCUUGUACAGGAUAAAAGCAUUGCAAAGGCUAUUUCGUUGUUGCCCCCUUUCAGCCUUUUUCACGGAACCGAUGACAAGUCAAUUCCAUCAGUAGCCAGUGAAAAUUUUGCAGAUGCUCUCAGAAAAGCUGGUGGUCAUGCUGAACUAAUUUUAUAUGAAGGAAAAUCUCAUACUGAUAUGUUUGUACAGGAUCCGUUAAGAGGUGGGAAAGACAAGCUGUUUGAGCAUAUGGUUUCUGUCAUACAUGCAGAUGAUCACGAAGCUCUAGCCAAGGAUGCAAUGGCUCCGCCAAUGAGACGCUUCGUCCCUGAGAUAUUGUUGAAGUUAGCUGGACAUAUAAGCCCUUUCUAGGCUCCUUUGUUCACAAACUGAUCAUGAAUAUGAUAGCUGAUUCUUUGUUAGAAUUGUUACUGUCAUUAGCUGAGUAUUAAUUAAGAUCAUAUAUUCUUAUGUAUAGAAUUAGGAGCUUAUUGCAUUCUUUGGUCUUACUUUUAUAGAAAUGUAGUUUACAGUCAUUACUUAAUACUGGUUGCUACUUUGUAAAUUCCGGUGGUUGGUAAAUGAGCAAAAUUAUUCAACUUAA